CAGCGGGGCCGGGGCGGGGCCGAGCGCGGCGCAGCCGAGCGGGGCACAGCAUCCUGCGCCCCGGCGCGGGGCCCUGCGGUAGCCUCGGGCCCCUCCCCUGGACCCGCCGCAGAGCCAGUGCAGAAUACAGAAACUGCAGCCAUGACCACGCACGUCACCCUGGAAGAUGCCCUGUCCAACGUGGACCUGCUUGAAGAGCUUCCCCUCCCCGACCAGCAGCCAUGCAUCGAGCCUCCACCUUCCUCCAUCAUGUACCAGGCUAACUUUGACACGAACUUCGAGGACAGGAAUGCAUUUGUCACGGGCAUCGCAAGGUACAUUGAACAGGCUACGGUCCACUCCAGCAUGAAUGAGAUGCUGGAAGAAGGACAUGAGUAUGCGGUCAUGCUGUACACCUGGCGCAGCUGUUCGCGGGCCAUUCCCCAGGUGAAAUGCAACGAGCAGCCCAACCGAGUAGAGAUCUAUGAGAAGACAGUGGAGGUGCUGGAGCCGGAGGUCACCAAGCUCAUGAAGUUCAUGUAUUUUCAGCGCAAGGCCAUCGAGCGGUUCUGCAGCGAGGUGAAGCGGCUGUGCCACGCGGAGCGCAGGAAGGACUUUGUCUCUGAGGCCUACCUCCUGACCCUGGGCAAGUUCAUCAACAUGUUUGCUGUCCUGGAUGAGCUAAAGAACAUGAAGUGCAGCGUCAAGAACGACCACUCUGCCUACAAGAGGGCAGCACAGUUCCUGCGGAAGAUGGCAGAUCCCCAGUCUAUCCAGGAGUCGCAGAACCUUUCCAUGUUCCUGGCCAACCACAACAGGAUCACCCAGUGUCUCCACCAGCAACUUGAAGUGAUCCCAGGCUAUGAGGAGCUGUUGGCUGACAUUGUCAACAUCUGCGUGGAUUACUACGAGAACAAGAUGUACCUGACCCCCAGUGAGAAACACAUGCUCCUCAAGGUGAUGGGCUUUGGCCUCUACCUAAUGGAUGGAAAUGUCAGUAACAUUUACAAACUGGAUGCCAAGAAGAGAAUUAAUCUUAGCAAAAUUGAUAAAUUCUUUAAGCAGCUGCAGGUGGUGCCCCUUUUCGGCGACAUGCAGAUAGAGCUGGCCAGAUACAUUAAGACCAGUGCUCACUAUGAAGAGAACAAGUCCAAGUGGACGUGCACCCAGAGCAGCAUCAGCCCCCAGUACAAUAUCUGCGAGCAGAUGGUUCAGAUCCGGGAUGACCACAUCCGCUUCAUCUCCGAGCUCGCUCGCUACAGCAACAGUGAGGUGGUGACGGGCUCAGGGCUGGACAGCCAGAAGUCAGACGAGGAGUAUCGCGAGCUCUUUGACUUAGCCCUGCGGGGUCUGCAGCUUCUAUCCAAGUGGAGCGCCCACGUCAUGGAGGUGUACUCUUGGAAGCUGGUUCAUCCCACAGACAAGUUCUGCAACAAGGACUGUCCUGGUACCGCGGAGGAAUAUGAGAGAGCCACACGCUACAAUUAUACCAGUGAGGAAAAAUUUGCCUUCGUUGAGGUGAUCGCCAUGAUCAAAGGCCUGCAGGUGCUCAUGGGCAGGAUGGAGAGCGUCUUCAACCAGGCCAUCAGGAACACCAUCUACGCGGCAUUGCAGGACUUCGCCCAGGUGACGCUGCGUGAGCCCUUGCGGCAGGCGGUACGGAAGAAGAAGAACGUCCUCAUCAGUGUCCUACAGGCAAUUCGAAAGACCAUCUGUGACUGGGAGGGAGGACGAGAGCCCCCCAAUGACCCAUGCUUGAGAGGGGAGAAGGACCCCAAAGGUGGAUUUGACAUCAAGGUGCCCCGGCGUGCUGUGGGGCCAUCCAGCACACAGGCCUGUCAGUGGUCCCCGAGGGCUUUGUUUCACCCCACUGGUGGCACACAGGGCCGAAGAGGCUGCCGAUCCCUGCUGUACAUGGUGCGGACCAUGCUUGAAUCGCUCAUCGCAGACAAAAGCGGCUCCAAGAAGACCCUGAGGAGCAGCCUCGACGGACCCAUUGUCCUCGCCAUAGAGGACUUUCACAAACAGUCCUUCUUCUUCACACAUCUGCUCAACAUCAGUGAAGCCCUGCAGCAGUGUUGUGACCUCUCCCAGCUCUGGUUCCGAGAAUUCUUCCUGGAGUUAACCAUGGGCCGACGAAUCCAGUUUCCCAUCGAGAUGUCCAUGCCCUGGAUUCUAACGGACCAUAUCCUGGAAACCAAAGAACCUUCCAUGAUGGAGUAUGUCCUCUACCCUUUGGAUCUGUACAACGACAGCGCCUACUAUGCUCUGACCAAGUUUAAAAAGCAGUUCCUGUACGAUGAGAUCGAAGCUGAGGUGAACCUGUGUUUUGAUCAGUUUGUCUACAAGCUGGCAGACCAGAUCUUUGCUUACUACAAAGCCAUGGCUGGCAGUGUCCUGUUGGAUAAACGUUUUCGAGCUGAGUGUAAGAAUUAUGGUGUCAUCAUUCCGUAUCCACCGUCCAAUCGCUAUGAAACACUGCUGAAGCAGAGACACGUCCAGCUGUUGGGUAGAUCAAUUGACUUGAACAGACUCAUUACCCAGCGCAUCUCUGCCGCCAUGUAUAAAUCCUUGGACCAGGCUAUCAGCCGCUUUGAGAGUGAGGACCUGACCUCCAUUGUGGAGCUGGAGUGGCUGCUGGAGAUUAACCGGCUCACGCACCGGCUGCUCUGUAAGCAUAUGACGCUGGACAGCUUCGAUGCCAUGUUCCGGGAGGCCAAUCACAAUGUGUCCGCCCCCUACGGCCGUAUCACCCUGCAUGUCUUCUGGGAACUGAACUUUGACUUUCUCCCCAACUACUGCUACAAUGGGUCCACGAACCGUUUUGUGCGGACUGCCAUUCCUUUCACCCAAGAACCACAACGAGACAAACCUGCCAACGUCCAGCCUUAUUACCUCUAUGGAUCCAAGCCUCUCAACAUUGCUUACAGCCACAUCUACAGCUCCUACAGGAAUUUCGUGGGGCCACCUCAUUUCAAGACUAUCUGCAGACUCCUGGGUUAUCAGGGCAUCGCUGUGGUCAUGGAGGAACUGCUAAAGAUUGUGAAGAGCUUGCUCCAAGGAACCAUUCUCCAGUAUGUGAAAACACUGAUAGAGGUGAUGCCCAAGAUAUGCCGCUUGCCCCGACAUGAGUAUGGCUCCCCAGGGAUCCUGGAGUUCUUCCACCACCAGCUGAAGGACAUCAUUGAGUACGCAGAGCUCAAAACAGACGUGUUCCAGAGCUUGAGGGAAGUGGGCAAUGCCAUCCUCUUCUGCCUCCUCAUAGAGCAAGCUCUGUCUCAGGAGGAGGUCUGCGAUUUGCUCCAUGCUGCACCCUUCCAAAACAUCUUGCCUAGAGUCUACAUCAAAGAGGGGGAGCGCCUGGAGGUCCGGAUGAAACGUCUGGAAGCCAAGUAUGCCCCGCUCCACCUGGUCCCUCUGAUCGAGCGGCUGGGGACCCCUCAGCAAAUCGCCAUCGCUCGCGAGGGUGACCUCCUGACCAAGGAGCGGCUGUGCUGUGGCCUGUCCAUGUUCGAGGUCAUCCUGACCCGCAUUCGGAGCUACCUGCAGGACCCCAUCUGGCGGGGCCCACCGCCUACCAAUGGCGUCAUGCACGUCGAUGAGUGUGUGGAGUUCCACCGGCUGUGGAGCGCCAUGCAGUUCGUCUACUGCAUCCCUGUGGGAACCAACGAGUUCACAGCUGAGUUAAGAGACUUGGCCCAAAGACAGGCCUGCUUAGUAGCUGUACUCCUGGCCCAAGAUGAGGCUCCCUCCCUCCCUGCUCUCCUCCCCCACCUCUCACUCCAGCUGCUUCCUCCCCCUGCUCCCAGGCAGUGUUUCGGCGAUGGCUUGAACUGGGCUGGUUGCUCCAUCAUCGUCCUACUGGGCCAGCAGCGUCGCUUCGACCUGUUCGACUUCUGUUACCACCUGCUAAAAGUGCAGAGGCAGGACGGGAAGGAUGAAAUAAUUAAGAAUGUGCCCCUGAAGAAGAUGGCCGACCGGAUCAGGAAGUACCAGAUCUUGAACAAUGAGGUUUUUGCCAUCCUGAACAAGUACAUGAAGUCCGUGGAGACAGACAGUUCCACUGUGGAGCAUGUGCGCUGCUUCCAGCCACCCAUCCACCAGUCCUUGGCCACCACUUGCUAAGCAGAAGAUCCUGCAGACCCUUAUCUGGAGGAGGAAGAGAAGCAGGAGAGAGAAAGCCACAGCCAGCCUGCCACAGGAUCCAACUGGACAACGUGUGGGAUGGACCUGGAAACAAGCACCUCCCCAAACACAUCACCACUCCCUAGGGCGGGGCCUGUGCAUGCUCUCCCAUGACAUCUCCAUGCUGGUUUCUCCAUAGCAUAAAUGAAAAAGAAAAAAAAAAAAAAAAAACGUAAA